GUCGUCUGCUACCGCCUACCGGUUCUUGGCUUCUCGAACUCAAAAGUCAUACGAGUCGUUUAGAUCAGUUUGACGACAGAUUUUUAUUUUUGUUUAUUUUUUUUAUUUUUAUAAUUUGAUUCAUACAUUAUUAAAGAUGCAGGAGAUAGAACUUAAGGGUGUCGUUGUGAAAUUUCCUUUCCAACCUUACAAGGUUCAAGAGGAUUAUAUGUCCAAAGUUAUAGAAUGUUUACAAGAUCGUAAACAUGGUGUUUUAGAAUCUCCGACAGGUACGGGUAAAACAUUAUGCCUGUUAUGUUCCUCGCUGUCAUGGCUUUUAGUCAAAAAAGCUCAACUUCAAAUGCAAGUCCAGACGGCUGAUUGCCUGGAUCAAGUUGCAUCUGGAAACGAUUAUGUCAGUCAAUUUAGCAAGAGUUUGAACAAAGCCGGCGGUAAGGCUCUGGUUGAAAAUCCAAAUGCUGCAUGGGAAAAUCCCAAAAUCAUAUAUGCGUCUAGAACACAUUCUCAGCUUUCUCAAGCUAUGCAAGAAUUAAAGAGGACUGCUUACAGUCAUGUUCGUGUUACAGUUCUUGGAUCUAGAGAUCAACUGUGCAUAAAUCCUGAAGUGGCUGCAGAGCCAAAUACCAUGAACAAGAUACACAUGUGUCAAGCUAAAGUGAAAAAUAGAACUUGCCAUUACUACAAUAAUGUUGAUUUGAGGAAAGAUGAUGCUUCUAUUACAGAUAAUAUUUUGGACAUUGAGGAUUUGGUAAAGACAGGAACAAAAUUAAGAUGCUGCCCUUACUAUUUGUCCAGAGAACUCAAGCAAAGUGCUGAUAUUAUUUUCAUGCCUUACAAUUACAUCCUUGAUCCUAAGACUAGGAAGACUCAAGGUAUAGAUUUAAACAAUAAUGUGAUCUUAUUAGAUGAGGCACACAACGUUGAAAAAAUGUGUGAAGAAGCUGCUUCUUUGCAAAUAAGCAGCACAGACAUUGCUGUUUGCAUAGAUGAAAUAACAUAUGUAAUGGAAGCAAUGGCUAAAGAGGAAGAAAAUCCCCCUGAUUUUAAUUCUGAAGAAGCUGAUAAAAUGGUUGCUAAAGAUUUUACCUGUGAUGAUUUAGUUGUUUUAAAAGCAAUGUUUUUAGAGUUAGAAAAAGCCAUUGAUGCUAUACAAAUCAAGAAUCGUGAGGAAGGUGAUACUUACCCUGGUGGUUAUAUGUUUGAACUUUUGGCUAAAGCAGAUUUGACCCAAGGAAAAGAUCAACUUGUGAUUGAUAAAUUAGACAAAAUUAUAUUAUAUCUAACUACCGUUAGUGGAACUUCAUUUCAAAGAAGGGGAAAUGCUCUCCAGAAAUUCAGCGACACAUUGAGAGUGGUAUUUGCUGGAUCAGCAAAUGCUAAUUAUAGAGAUAGGAUAAGGAAAUGUUACAAAGUGUACAUUCAAAAGGAUCAACCAAAAAAGGCAUCCAAUAAUUCUUGGGAAUCAAAAAAUAAGAUCAAUAAAACUGAAGGAAAGUUGAUAUGCUAUUGGUGCUUCAGUCCUGGAUUUGGAAUGCAGAAUAUGUUAGAUCAAGGAGUUCGUUCAGUUAUUUUAACCAGCGGAACUUUGUCUCCAUUAAAACCUUUCAUAUCAGAAAUUGGAAUAAAUAUUUCUGUGCAAUUAGAAAAUCCUCAUAUUGUAUCUGAAAAACAAAUAUGCGUUGGUGUUGUGGCAACUGGUCACGACGGUUACACGCUGAACUCCUCAUAUAACACGAGAAACGAUCCAAAUUAUAUCGCUUCGCUUGGAGAAACGAUAAAAAUUCUUAGUUGUAUUUUGCCGCACGGUUUGCUAAUUUUUUUCCCUUCAUAUCCAAUUAUGAAAAAAUGCCAGGAAGAAUGGCAACGGAUGGGAAAAUGGUCUCAAAUCGAAAAUGCCAAAGCAAUUUUUGUAGAACCACAAUCAAAACAUGGUUUCAAUAGCCUAAUGAACGAUUAUUACAAAAAAAUUAACGAUCCUACGCUCAGAGGAGCUAUUUUCAUGGCUGUGUGCAGAGGAAAAGUCAGCGAAGGUUUAGAUUUUGCCAAUGCUAAUGGAAGAGCAGUCCUCAUUACAGGGUUACCUUUUCCACCUUUGAAAGAUCCUAGAGUCAUAUUAAAGCAGAGAUAUUUAGAAGAGAACAGAGUGCCUGGAGUUGAGAGUUUAACAGGACAACAGUGGUAUCAACUUGAGGCAUCAAGAGCCGUUAAUCAAGCUAUAGGACGGAUCAUUCGUCAUAAAAAUGAUUAUGGUGCGAUACUACUGUGCGAUUGUCGAUUCGAUAAUCCAUCGUUCAAGCAACAUUUGUCAUCUUGGAUCAGACCAUACAUAAAGAAAUUUCCCCAUUUUCGAGGUGUCGUCAAAGAACUGAGAGAAUUCUUCAAAUAUGCCAAGGAACACUUACCACAACCGGCAAACACUCACUUCGACGUGAGUGGAAUGGCCUUACCCGCAGUACAGGCAGAAUUUGAUACUACCGCGAAAAAAAGAUCAAAUUCAAAUUUUGUCGCCGGAAAUUGUGCAACGACGAACGAUGAUGAUACUUUCGAUCUAAGCACGUAUAAAACCGAACAAAUGUUUGAGGAAAAAUCGAAGGAUAAGAAAGAUUUUGCAUCUUUAUUCGAAGUAAAGCAAAAAACUGCCAUGAAUUUUGCAACUUCUAAGCUCCAACAGGACAAGGAAAGCUCAAUAGAUAAAAUGUUGGGAAACAUUAAAGAACCUGCUGCUAAGAAGAGAAAAUUAAAAAUAACUCCGAUUGAUUUUGUUUUUGAUGAACCGCUUCCUAUAGUUUGUACACCAGUUCCUUCAACUUCUUCCGAAAGUCCGAAGCCGGAAGAAAAGAAAAGUUCUAGAGAACAGGGCAUGAAGUAUUUGAAAGCUGCGAAAGGGACAUUAUCAAAAGAAAAUUAUGCAAUUUUCAAAAAAAUGGUCGCUAAUUAUAAGGAAAAAAGUAGCUUUGAAGAACUCAUUAUGACUUUAGAAGAGCUUUUUAUGAGUAAACUCAAAGUUCGAAAAUUAUUUGUUGGCUUUCGAACUUUCGUAAAGAAAGAACAUUUAAAAUCUUUUGACGAAUAUGUAGAAAUGAUGGAAGGUAAUUUUUAGAGCUGAUUUUAAAUAAUAA